UUUAAAUUUCCUUUCUUCAAGAUGGGUUUCACCACAGUCCUGGAACUCACGCUAUAGCUAAAGCUAGCCUUGAACUAACAGAGAUCUGUCACUUCUGCCUUCUGAGUACGGAGAAUGAAGGCAUGCACACCUUUCAAACAAUGUAGUAUGAACCACUCAGACACGUUCUCUCCCUCUCAGUGGUUUCCCAAAGGAAUAGCCAUCAAAUGUAAAUGAGCAGGGCAGUGAGACAACACAGAGAACCAACCAACUCUGUGCUCUGUACUCUGUGCUCAGAAGAACCCUGAAUAAGAAAAUGAUUCUUCUGAUACUAUGAACACCCAAGGGCAGAGGCAGAGGAUGCACCCAUAAAGAUGUCCCCUUGAGUCAGUGUUUUGAAAACCCCAGGAGUGCGCAGACGCAGGGCAGCGAGUGGACAUUUUGGUCUUUGUCCGCGGGUCAGCACGGCGGUCGGGUCCACGUGGCGCCAAAGUAGGAGAAGCGGCUGAGGAAUGCCAAGCACAUAGAGCAACGCCGACACUGGGACAGCAGUUUUAUCCACCAAGGAGAGUGGAAGGCAAGAAUUGGAACACUGCUUCCUGUGCUCACAGACUUCAUUUCUUUUCUUUCGGAACAGACAUCAAGUUUUAAAAGGCGAAACAUUUUUUAAAGCUUAAAGCUUUGCGCUUGAAACAUAAUUUAGAUUUAAACAGAGAGUUGUAUGGGAUGAAUCCUCUGCUACAUAUGGCUUGGGAAUCCUCUAUGAUGACCUCCUGCUGGUAGGAGCCUCUUAUAAGAGAGCAGCGUGGAGAUGCCUGCAGUUUGUUAGUGGACUGCACAGACCAGAGGAAAGCCUCUGAGUUUCCUGAAGGCCGGAAGCAUUUACCUAAGUGUCCUCCGCCCUGGACAGAGAAGUCAUGCUGAGAGGAAGCCCUGUGUCUCUAAGAAAUAUUGAAAAGCCUUUAGCUAGAUGACGGCUUUCUCAGCCUUGCUGGAGGAAAACAAGUGAACUUUGCAAAAACACCAUUGACUAUUAGUAAAACUUACCCUUGGAAGAAAGGUUUAUACCAAUAAAGUUUCUCUUAAACUUUCUCCCCUGCUCCGCAUUUGAAUGAAUAGUCAGACCCAGAGAGAAGCCUUAGAACUGUAAGAAAUGUGGAGACAUCCUCAGUCAGGAGCAAACCCUCCUUCAUCCAAACUUUUGUAUUGGAGAUAAACGCUGUGAAUGUGAUAAAGCUUCUAUUCAGAUGUCACACCUCAGUCAGCAGAGGAUUUUAAGUGGGGGAAGCCCCUUUGCCUGUAAGGUAUGUGGAAUACUCUUUAGCCACAAGUCGAAUCUUACAGAGCACGAGCAUUUUCAUAAUAGAGAGAAGCCUUUCGAAUGUAACGAGUGUGGGAAAGCCUUUAGCCAGAAGCAGUAUGUCAUUAAGCAUCAGAACACUCACACCGGAGAGAAGCUCUUCGAGUGUAAUGAUUGUGGGAAAUCCUUUAGCCAGAAGGAAAACUUGCUUACCCAUCAGAAGAUUCACACUGGAGAGAAGCCUUUUGAGUGCAAAGACUGUGGGAAAGCUUUCAUUCAGAAGUCAAACCUCAUCAGACAUCAGAGAACUCACACGGGAGAGAAGCCCUUCAUAUGUAAGGAGUGUGGGAAAACCUUUAGCGGCAAAUCAAAUCUUACUGAGCACGAGAAGAUUCAUAUUGGUGAGAAACCCUUUAAGUGUAAUGAGUGUGGAACAGCGUUCGGCCAGAAGAAGUACCUGAUAAAGCAUCAGAACAUCCACACCGGAGAGAAACCGUAUGAGUGCAAUGAGUGCGGAAAGGCCUUCUCUCAGCGAACGUCACUCAUUGUGCACGUGAGAAUUCAUUCAGGCGAUAAGCCGUAUGAAUGCAAUGUAUGUGGGAAAGCCUUCUCUCAGAGUUCGUCUCUAACCGUGCAUGUGAGGAGCCACACGGGUGAGAAACCCUAUGGCUGCAAUGAAUGUGGGAAGGCCUUUUCUCAGUUCUCAACCCUGGCCCUGCAUCUGAGAAUCCACACAGGUAAGAAGCCUUAUCAGUGCAGUGAGUGUGGGAAGGCCUUCAGCCAGAAGUCCCAUCACAUCAGACACCAGAAAAUCCAUACUCACUAAACGCUCUGUGAAUGUCUUCAGUACGGGGAAGUGUUCAUUAGCAGUCUACACCUCAUGGUACAUCAUUUGGUCAUUCUGAGGCUGAGCACCAUAAAUUAGCCAAACAUUUAAUGUACGAUGCUGUGAACACCGGAGAACUCCUACUGAAGGGAAAGAAGUGUGUGUGAUCAAAAGCCUGCACUCGGCAAAGCAGCAGAAAAGAAAAGCAGUGCUGAACCGUGAACACGGUCGUCUACAAUGGAGACUGGCAAACAGGUCCUGCUGACGGCUGUCAGCGUAGAUCUGCAGGUCUUCACAGUUAGUGAGGACAGACAUUAGAGAAUGCUAACUACAUUUACCAGGACUUAGAAUAUGAAAAUAAUUGCUUCAGCUGAACACCAAGACUAUGUUUGGAGGUAAAUUAUUCUCUGAGGAGCAAACCUGCACACUACAAACUAUAACCUGAUAGUAAAAGUAAAAUGUAUGGAUAUUGAAAGUAGAAAUAUAGAAAUGCUGUACAUCAUACAAGGUUGACUUUGGAGAGGGAAAACAUUCCUUGUAACAUUUGAAAAUACUUGGGAAGUCUCAUGAGUAUUUAUGCUCCGGAGGUGAGGCACCAGGAAAUUUACCAUGACUUUAGUUUAGAGCAGCCCAGUGUUAGCACUCAACUGCCGGUUGGGACUGGAUGAGGAAGCACUGGGACUCCUUCGCAGACAUUGGCAGGUGCGGGAGAUGGGGUGUGAGUGACUGGAGGGACGGAAAGUGCUGUGGGGAGACUCAGUUUACAGGAGGAUGCAUACAGUACAGUGACUCCCAAGUUAAAUCUCCUCCUCUGAGCUCCUGUCACGGCAUAUAUGCACAUGUAUGUAAAUGAGAUGCAUCAGAAGGAUGCGGACCAACUGCUGAGAGUGAGGAAGGGAAGCGGGAGGGGGAGGGCAGGCUUCAGCUUUCAUACAAGCAUUCGUUCUCUUAAAGACGCAGGUAAAUAUAUGAAGAUAUUGGCUAAUUUUCAGUUGUGUUAUAUGAGUAUCAUGUCUUAUUUUUUGUACUUUUCUGUAUUUUUCAAAAUAAGAACGGAGGUAAUGGUGGGAACUCUGCACCUGUAGAGCUGUUAUAGUUGUUUAAUUCCCAAUCAAAUACUGAGCUUUUAUAGAGAUAUUUCUAAAACUUUAAUAUGACAGUGAGUGGAUGGACUUGGCACUCUAUGUAAUGAAAUUAUCUAUUUUAUUAAAGUUUAAAAUGACAGCAAAAAGAAAAAAAAGAAAAAAAAAAAAAGAAAA